AUAAAUUUCCGUCCCUCCUGUUCUUAUUGGUAUUUUUUUUUUGGCAGACGAAGUUAUUCUUUUUUUGUUGAACCAAGUGAAUAUGUUCAGUUCUUAAUUCUUAUUGAUUCUUCCACUUUCUAGAAAAGCAGAACCAUUAUUUCUCAUUUCCCCCUCCUUUUUGUCUCUCUCUAUCUCUCUCUCUUGGGUUCCUUGUGGCGGUUCUUUAUCAGUUGAGCUUAUUAAGAUGGAGAAUGAUGCAAAAUUUCUCUAACCGUUACCUCUGCAAUUAAUGAACAGCUAGAAAACAAAGUAAAACUGUUUAGACUGCUGUUAAAAAUCUCGUGUCUCUACCUAUCCCCCAAAAAAGUUCCUACCUUUCUUGUUUCUGCCUUCUGGGUUUCGAUCGUACUCUCCAAAUUUUGCUUUUGCAGAGGUGCGUUUGCAGAUUUUCAGGCCAUUCCUCUUCCCUCCGGCAAUCUGUCAGUAAGUGUGUUCUCAUCCUUUGGAAAAGUCCAUUCAGUUGCCCUUUUGCUUGUGAUUAGGGAGAUGGUGGGGGAGACUCGAUUACCUGAUUUAUUAAGUUUAAUGUUAUGACCAGGGAUUCCUUCUAAGUUGUGUAGUGUAUGAGCAUGGAGAAAGGUUCUGAAUCAGUGACUUGAUCGGACUUAAAAUCCUUUAACAACCAUGGCGGAAGCCGAUGACGCGGUUAGUCUAAGACAAGCGCUCCAAGCACAGCAGCAGAUCCUGCAUAACCUCUACCGCGAGCUAGACGCAGAGAGGGAAGCCGCUGCAACUGCAACUAGUGAAACCAUGUCCAUGAUCCUGCGCUUGCAAGGGGAGAAGUCUGUGCUGAAGAUGGAAGCGAAUCAGUACAAGAGAAUGGCGGAGGAGAAGAUGUGUCAUGCUGAAGAGGCACUGGCAUUGUGCGAGGAUCUCAUGUUUCAGAAGGAGAUGGAGAUCGCUUCCCUUCAGUUCCAGCUUCAGUCGUACAGAAACAGGCUUGUCGGCAUGGGACUUAGUGAUGAACCAGUACAGCUGUUGUCUCACAAAAGUGAUACUCUAUUGGUGGAAAAAGUUGUUCAUGGUAAUGUGAGGAGGCUCAACUCCUUGCCUCCGUGGAAAGUUGGGUUUGAUAGAGACCAAGAUGGUACCACUGCUAGAACAGUUGAUGAGGGAGCUGAAUUCAGAGAGAGUUGUGAGCCAGAGAAGAAAUCAGUUGUAGCUCUGAGUGGUGGAGAUGUAAAUUCGUACUGGGAAAAGAUCAGAAAAAGAUUGGACGAACGACUGAAAGAGAUCCCCAGUAGAAGCAGAGAUCAUGAAGAAAUCAAGCCUACAAUUUGGAGAGGUGGAACUUGGUCUCCUUCAUUAUAUUCACAACUAGGAGAAGGAAAGUGUAUUGUCAACGAGCAAGUAAAGACAGUGUUGCAUAGUUCAAGUAAUGAGAAGAAAGCUUCGAAAGAUCCACCUGUUGAUGAUCAACAUGGUUUGCCUCCUCCUCAUCCUCCUGAUACUGCUGCUCUAUCAUUGGUUUCUGCGACUGAGUACAAGAAGCUGAUGCGAAGAAUCGAGAGGCUCGAGAGGGAGUGGAACACUGGUGAAAGACAACAGGAGAUUGUUUCUUGUGGAGGGCCAACAGGAGAGGUUGAAGAAACGCAUCUGUUGAAGGCGAUUCAAGAGCAACUGAGUGGAAUACAGAGUGAACUGAGAAGCACAAAAGCUGACAGAAUUCCAGACGAUGAACCAUGCCUUGACGUUCUCCAGGAGGCAAUGCUGUACUUCUGGCUAUAAAGCAAUCAAAACAGACUUCCAUACAUACACCAUUGCUGUUUGCUGUGACUAUAAGUUUCUGGUGAGAAAGUAGGUUUAGUGAAGAAGAUAACGAUACAAGGGGAUGAUGAUGAUGGUCAAAUUUUCCCCCAUACAGAAGGCAUUAACUUUUGUAAAUGAUUAUCAGGUUAUAUGACUGAGUUCGUGUGGUUUUGGGUUGUUGAUUGUAAAAGAGGUGGUGCAUGUUCUCCAUAGGGAUUUGGCACCAUUGGUUUGUACAGCAGUUGUUUGGUAAUGAAAUAUGAGGUACCUUUUUAGAAUCUCCCCAACAAGUUUGGGGUUGGUGUUUUUGUAUUAUGUUAUUUAUCUCGUUCUAUUUAGCCUUCUUACGAGUAUUUUAUUGGUGGAAUCAACUCACAAUUAGUAAAUAAGUGUUUGAUGACUCACAUAUUUUGUUUUCAACCUGGUUCAAGGCCGGGUUCAAGUAUCGAUUCAUUUUGUAAAUGAUGGAUGCAUUGUGAAAGCUAAAGAAGUAGCCGAAUUUGGGGUUUAAUAUAAUUGAGUCAUCUAAUACGUGCUAACUAAACAGCUAACUAAACAUGAUUUUGAUGAUAAUUGUGUCAAUGAAAUCUUAAUGAAUAGACCAAAAAUGAUCAAAAUAAUAUAGUAACAAAGAUGUGUUUGUUGC